AUGUCUGUGUUAGCAGGUGUGGAGGCCAGCGGGAUAGCUAGGAAUUAUGUGUUCAAGAAUUGGGCAGGGAUUUAUUCGGCGCGGCCGCGGCUGUACUUCCAACCCAGGUCGGAGGAUGAGGUGGUGGCGAUAGUGCGGGCGGCGCGUGAGCAGGGGCGGACGAUUGUGACGGUGGGGUCGGGGCACUCUCCGAGCGACAUGUGCGCAACGGACGACUGGAUGGUGAAUCUAGACCGGCUGAAUGGGGUGCUGGAGCUGCAGGAGGACGAGCAGGGGCGGUACGCGGACGUGACGGUUGCAGCUGGGAUCCGGGUGUACGAGCUGCACCGGUACCUGAGCGCACGGGGGUAUGCGCUGCAGAACCUGGGGUCAAUUUCGGAGCAGAGUGUGGGGGGGAUCAUCUCGACGGGCACGCACGGGUCAUCGCCGUACCACGGCCUGGUGUCCUCGCAGUAUGUCAAUCUGACGCUGGUGAACGGGCGCGGCGAGCUUGUGUUUCUGGACUCGGAGCACGAGCCGGAGGUGUUCCGCGCGGCGAUGUUGUCGCUGGGCAAGCUGGGUAUCAUUGUCCGUGCGACGAUCCGCGUUGUACCUGCGUUCAACAUCCAUUCCACGCAGGAGGUGAUCAACUUCGAGACGCUCCUUGACAAUUGGGAGACGAUCUGGACGUCCAGCGAAUUCAUCCGCUGCUGGUGGUACCCUUAUGUGCGCAAGUGCGUUCUGUGGCGCGGCGUGAAAACAUCUGAGCCGGCGGAGAAGAGCCGCAGUUCAUGGUGGGGCACGACCUUGGGUCGCCUGGUGUACGAAUCUCUCCUGUGGCUCACCGUGAACGUCUAUCCUUCCCUGACGCCGUUUGUUGAGCGGUUUAUUUUCCGUCAGCAGUACGGCAAAGUUGAGACGUUUGGUAAUGGUGACGAGGCUGUCCAGACUUCAAUCGAUGGGCUGAAUAUGGACUGUCUGUUCUCGCAGUUUGUUGACGAAUGGGCCUGUCCGCUGAAUAAUGGGCCCGAGGUGUUGCGCUCUCUGGACCAUUCCAUCGCACAGGCCGCCCAGAACAAGGAAUUUUUUGUUCACGUACCAAUCGAAGUCCGCUGCUCCAACACGACUCUUCCACACGAAUAUAAAUGCCCGGAAGACCGGACGGUGACGGCCCCUGGUCCAGUCUACGGUAACUUGCUCCGUCCGUAUCUGGACAACACGCCCUCUCACUUGCGCUAUGCUCCCCUCUCGGACGUUACCAACUCCCAGUUGACCCUCUAUAUUAACGCUACGAUAUACAGGCCUUUUGGAACGAAUACCCCAAUUCACAAGUGGUUCACUCUCUUUGAAGACACCUUGGGGGCAGCCGGCGGUAAGCCACACUGGGCUAAGAAUUUCUUGGGCUCUACCGCAACCGCUGCGGGCCCCGUCAAGAGUUCUGACGAAUAUCAAGAUUACGAAAUGAGAGGAAUGGCCACAAAAAUAAAAGAAUGGUAUGGCGACAAUCUGAAGCAAUUCCAAAAGGUUAGAAGAGAACAAGACCCACAUAAUGUCUUCAUAGCUAACAAGGAUUGGGCCGUUAAGAACGGCAUUAUCGACAUCGAUGAACUGGAUUCUUAA